AUGUAUACGCAGCUGAGCAAGAUCCAAAGCGGAACGUUCAGCACUGUGUAUCGGGCGUACGACUCAAAAUAUCAGCAGGAAGUGGCCCUUAAGAUUGUCGAAAAACCGACACAGUUGGCCAAGGCCAAGAAGCUGGCCCACCUCGUUGCUGGCGAGUAUGACAUCCUGACGGGGCUGGGCACUGGCCAUCCUAACAUAUGUGCACUGCUGGACUUCCACGAACGGGAUACCUGUUACGUCUUUGUGAUGGAGUUUGCGGCUCGGGGCGACCUAUACGAGGUCAUCCGCAGCUGGAAAACCCGCAGCGAGCCUCGAGUCCAGGUCGACAUUACUCGGCUUCUACCUCAGCUCUGUUCUGCCAUAGAUUACGCACAUUCGCGUGGCAUCGCUCACAGGGACAUCAAGCCCGAAAACAUCCUGCUGGACGGCCAAGGAAACGUCAAACUCGCAGAUUGGGGCCUUAGUUGUCGCUCGCGCAUCUCUCAUGACAGCCACAUAGGUACUGAAAAAUACCUGGCCCCCGAGGCUUACGGUAAACCUUACGACACUUUUUUGGCAGACUACUGGUCUUUGGGCAUCACGUUGCUCUUCGUAAUGUUUGGAGCCUGUCCGUUUAAAAGUGCGGAUGUAUCCAAGUAUCUCCAGAAUCCCAACUUUGCCCAAUUCGUGGCCGAUCCUCAACGGUUUACCUCGGAGUACUAUUUUAAGCCGCUGCACGCUGGCCGUGACACUGUGGCCACGAAGAGACAUACUUCACACCGACGCACCGUUAGUGACGAUGGUCCUGCCGAAUGGCUUUGUCUCCCUCAAAUCGGGCGUCCGACUUUGAGUCGUGAGCAGAUACUAGUGCUGUUCACCACCAACGUUGUGGCUCAUUUACUCUUGGUGAAUCCCGCUGCUCGAAGCAUGCGAGCAUUUCUGAUACGAAUGAGUUCUCUACUUGUUCCGGCGAAUACAUGCUACUCAUGCGACGCAGACAACCAGCCUGCAGCGAAACUUCCUACCCCAUCAUUUGAAAACAUGUCUUCGGAGUUCUAUUUCCCUGGGUUGGUGUCAAAUCCAGGAACGGUGCUCCCGAUGGCUGCUAAAGAUAAGGGUGGGUAUCAAUCGGGCGGAAGUACUUCUUCUGCCACAACUGGUGCCAACAGCUCAAGCUCUGCAAGCACCUCAUCUGGAAGCGUGGCUACUUCUCAAGGAUCUGACUCGAAAAAUUCGGGCUCAUAA